GUCUAGACCUCCCAAAAAAUUCCACAAAGGUGAAAAUUUUACACCAUCUAUCCAACAAAUGGAUUCAAAAUUAAGGAGAUUACUUGUAAAUUCACUUAAAAAGCAAUCUGAUUAUGAGAAAAAACAAAUAUCUAAUGAAAAAACUAGAAAUAGUAAAAUUCCCAAUAAUGUGUUUAAUAAUAAUGCAUCUAAUAACGCAUCUAAUAACGUUUCUAAUAACGUUUCUAAUGACGCAUCUAAUAACGUUUCUAAUAAUAUUUCUAAUAACGUUUCAAUUCAAAAACCAACUGAAAAAAUGGAUGAAACCCAUAAAAAAUCAGAGUUUUCAGUCAUUGUUAAUUAUGGUCCCCAAUGUAUAAAUAUUGAGUGUCAGCAAUCAGCUACACUUGCAUAUCUGAAGCUGAUAGCUGAAACUCAAUUUUCUCUUAUUUCGAUUGAAAAUUUACAAUAUAGAAAUAUCAAGGGCACUGUGAUCAAUAUUCAUAGUGAAGAUGAUUGGAAUGUUGCAAAAUGGGAAAUGAAUAAGGAAAAUAAUGAUAGGAUCGAAGUUUAUAUUCAACCCUGA